AUGGGUGUGCUCAUGGGUGUGUUCUUCCCUUGUAUACAAAACAUCUUCGGUGUGCUAUUCUUCAUUCGAAUGACGUGGAUCGUUGGCACCGCGGGCAUUGUUCAAUCGUUUUUCGUUGUUCUCGUAUGUGUUUCUGUUGAAAAAAAAGGUGGAAAGUUAUGGAGAGAGAAUCAAUUAGUGGAGACGUUCCUCACCUCGAUUUCUCUGUCGGCAAUUGCCACAAACGGGGUGGUAUCGGGUGGAGGGCCGUACUACAUGAUCUCCCGUAAUCUUGGACCCGAACUCGGCGGUGCUGUUGGUAUUCUGUUCUAUCUGGGAACGACGGUUAGCCGCCUCUAUUGUAUUAUGACCGGUAGCUGUGAGAUAUUCUGGUGA